GCUAAAAGAGGCACGCGCGCACACUCUCUGACAUCCCACAUCAUCAUCAUCAUCUCUUCUGCACGCUCACUCUAAGCACCAGCCAGGCCUGUACAGAGCAGGGGAGCUCAGCAAAUUCGUCGCCCACCAUGGAUGUACUGAUGAAAGGGUUCUCCAUGGCCAAGGAGGGGGUGGUGGCCGCCGCAGAGAAGACCAAAGCGGGGAUGGAGGAGGCAGCGGCCAAGACCAAAGAAGGGGUGAUGUAUGUAGGGAGCAAGACGAAGGAAGGAGUUGUGUCAUCAGUAAACACAGUGGCCAACAGGACCGUGGACCAGACCAACAUCGUUGGAGAAACAGCAGUCGCCGGAGCCAACGAAGUGUCACAGGCGACCAUCGAGGGGGUUGAGAACGUCGCCGCAUCAACCGGGCUGGUCAGUCAGGAGGAGCCCGUAUACGAGGGAGAGUAUGGAGGAAUGGAGCAAGGUGGGGAAGGAGGAGAGGGCUACUAGUCCUCUUCUGGACCCUUCAGCUGCCCCUUGCCUUCCUCGCCUCGCCGUACCAGACUUCAGAUGUUCAGCAUAUUUUUUUGUGACUUUUCGGAACCAAAAUGGGAACAGACUCUUCCAGACGCCGUACCUCGCCCACCCCACCCCCCUCCUCGCGCCACUUGUCCCCUCACCGUCUAACUUCCUGCAGCCCGUGGCUUUUCCUCUGCUUCCCGUCGCCUCACCUGUGUGUUCGUGUAGAUAAACCCCAGUGUCUUUGCAGCCCGACUGAGAAAUUUAUUACACCCUUUUCCCCCAAACACAAGGAGACAAACCUCAAUAAGGCGCCAGCAUGAGACACUCACAUUCAAUACAUACUAUAAAUACCAGCAGACCACACACAGGGCAAACAAGUAGCUGUAGGAGAUUAUAAGAGAAAAGCCUGUUUUAGUAUAUGAAGAAGUCAUUGUGAAACCGAAGGAAUACCAGGAGAGGAUGUGUGCGUGUGCUGCAGGCCGUGUGUCCAUGUCCAAGCUUGUGUGCAUGUGUUUUCAGCAGGGAUUCAUGCUUUAAAGGCCCGCGCUUCAGUUUGUGUCAGUAGAAUGCAUGAGCAGGUGUUCCCCAUGGUGUUCUCUAUAGGACGGCUGUUACGUGUCGCAAAGUCCGGCUUUGUGUGUAUGUGUCCGCUUCAGCAUUUAGAAACACAGUUAGCGCAGUAGAAGUGAUGCACAAUGCAAUGUGAUGUUAUGCAUGAGCACUUUCAGACGUCGGUCCAUGCCGUGACGUGUUUGUGUCUGCAGAGUCGGGGCAGGGGGGGACAGAUCUUUGGGCGUUCAACAAUCAGUUUGCUUUGGUUUGGUUAGAUUUGGGCGAAGAGGAAGCUUCCCUGCAACUUGUACAACUGGACAAUCUCUUAUCUGACCUUCAGCGUGAGCUGUUUUAAUCAAAACCAUCAAGCGUACGCAGGCAGCGAGCAUUUUUGGAAAACCAUGAACCCGAAGCUGAAGACCUUCUGAAUCAAGUAUCUUAAGUGUCUCCUCAAGCAGUCUCGCAGUCAGUCACACCUUGAAACUUUUGACCAGGACACGUAUGCUGACAUCGUUAGGUGAAAUGUUUGGGUCGUUAAGCGACAACGAACCAAACAUUGAACCAAAUCGAGGUUUGUCCAGUGAGUCAUGUGACCUUAGUGGCCCGAUUAGUGAUCUUAACAUAGAGGGAUUGUUCUGACUGCAAGUUAUAAGCUUGAUUCUUCCAACCAGGUCCAGACUUGAAGGAUCCUGAUGGAUGAGAGGGAGAAACAUCUCCAAAAAGCAAGAGAUGAAGGCCAGUUGCCUUCUACUUAAGAAUCUACACCACUGAUGAGCUAUUAGAUUUAAGAUAAAACAUUUUCCAACACGACUAAAGUUUCAUCCUUCAAAAUAAACGAUUAGUAAACAUGAAAAAUACAGAUUAUUAUUGUUUUGGUACUGAACCAAAAAUAAUUAAGUUAAUGUAACCUUUUGAGCUAAGAAAAGACUCAUAUUACCUCAAUCAUGACUGGUUUAUGAGCAGCAAAUUCUAUUUGCUUCAUCUGUUUAAACAGAAAUUGAAUUUUUAUCUGGAUAUUUUAGGUUAUGAGUUUAAAUCACUUGGGCAGAAAGAAAAGCGCUCACUUCUAGUAAUAGAUGAGCUCAUUUCAACAGAAAAUGCUUUACAAACAAAUGUAGAUGAUGCCAUACAAGCACGAAAAUUAUUAAAGAGUUUUAAAGUCUUUUUGAGUAUUUAAAGCCACUUAGAACAUAGAUAUAAAAUGAAUAAAAAUCAAUUAUUCCCUUAUGUGUGAGAUAAGCUUUGGGAAACUAGUAUGCAUGUAAUUAUGAGAAACUGGAAGUUUUUGGGUGUGGAUCUUAUACCAAAUAUACCAGUGUGAUGAGUGUGAUGAAAAGGAAAGGAAUGAAGGGUUAUGUUUCGUUUUAGUUAAGCUCUGUGUGUUCAUCUACGCUGAAUGUCUCUCCUCUCUGCUGUUUAGGCCAAUCAGAUAGUCCCUUUCCCCAUCGCUGAGCAUCACACCAUCAAUUCUCCACCCAGGAUCAGCAUUCAUCGCUUUACGAGUGUGCGUACGUGUGUGUGUGUCACAAUAGAGGAGGUCCAGCCAGAAAAGCGUGUGUGCAUUUUUUAAUUUGAAGUCAACAGAAACUGACGACUGCAUGUUGCCUUACAGAUCAACGACGCCCCCAUUCAAAACACACACAGAGACACAAACACUUCAGAGAAAUAGCAACACAAACGCCCUCCACACAACACACGACUAACCCGAGUCACGCACUGUGUUUAAGUUGGCAUCACGUCAUAAUCGCUGAUUUUAUAAACGGUAAAUGUGGAAAUAAAAAAAAAAAAAAAGGUUUUGUUGAAAUCC